AUGAAAAUUGCAUUCGGCUCCGUGGUUGUUGGCGGGGGGUUGACGGGUGUUCUCAGUUUCAGCUGUUUGGCGCUCGCCAUUGGAAGUGAAUACUGGUACAUCAUUGAAGACAAACGCAUGAACCACACCGAUCCGGAGCACACGCACUCUGGACUUUUGGGAGUUACCGAUGAUGUCCAAAGUCAUACAGAAGACAAUUCAAGAUAUUCAGAAUCAGAGAGGCAAAUGGAGAUCAUGCAUAGUGUGAUUGCCAUCUUACUGCCCCUGAGUUUGGUGAUGCUGGUGUUUGGAGGUAUCAGUGGCCUCAUCAGUUCUCUAGCCAGAAGCCAGACACUCCUGCUCGGAUCUGCUUCAUAUUUUCUCUUGUGCAGUCUUCUCACUCUCUCUGGGGUGAGUCUGUACAUCAGGUACUCUCAAAAGGCUCUGGAAGAGACUGAAAGGCGGAUGGGGCAUGAACAGAUGUCUCAGGUGCACACAUCAUUUGGCUGGUCAAUGGGCCUGGCCUGGCUCUCCUUUCUUCUGGAGGUGAUAACUGGGCUUCUCCUACUGCUGGCUGCCAGGUUGGCUCCUAUAGCCCAGUAUGAAGAGUCUGUUGCUCCCAUAUAGAGCAGCUUCUCCACCUUUUUUGAACCAUACGUGUUAAUUUUAGGCAAGGUAAAAAGGAUUUGCCAAGGUAAGGUUAGUCCUCUCUGUCUUUGAGAGUUUGAGCAUUAAUUGGAGCAAAAUCAAGAAGCUACACAUGUAGAUCUGGUUUACACUGAAAAACAAACAAAAAAUAUAUAUUUUUUAAUAUUUAAACAUCCUUAAAACAAGAUAAAUUUACUU